AACUCUGAACUGAGAGAGCGGCUGAGCAACAUUCACGCUGAGUCCCGCUGCGUCCCAGAACCCUCCACUGGGCUCAUAAACCUCUCUGGCCCCCUACAGGUGGGUGUGGGACAUGCAUGAUGAUAUGCAUGAUGACACACCCUCCCGUCCAUAUCAGCAUCAUCAGGUUUGCAAAAUUCCGCUAACUGGUCGGAGGAUUCCGGAUUCCAGAGGAUUCUGGAUUUCAUCCUUAUUCCCUCCUAAUUCUAGGAAUCUAAACCGUGAUUUCUGGAAAAACCUGGGAAGUUACCAGAAUUGUGCAACCCUAAUCAUCAUCACUGGCAUUAUUAUCUAAUGAGAACAGGCUAUAUGAUUAUAAUAGGAUAUAAUCUGCUGGCCUUAGUCCCAAUACAACAGCUGUUGACCCACUCACUGCUUGUUUAGGCCCCUCUGUAAUGAUGAGUGAUUAUCAUCACAACAUCUCCUUAGUUGUUACAGAGUAACAGGUUCAGCAGUGUUUUCUACUCCUAACUGUUACAAUAUGGAUGGUUAGUGUUGACAGCUCUAACUCCUACUUAUCAAGCUGAGUGUUGAGACAACAACUGAUUAGAAGAUGAGACUGAAGGGAUUGUUAGUUAGGUGUUUGGGUGUAAACUGUAAACACCUCUCCUUCUGUUCAGAGUCAGUUGUUAUCCUCAAGAGCUCACACACACACACACACACACACACACACACACACACACACCACACACACACACACACACACACACACACAUACACAAACAGUGAAUCAGAGUCCGUUGGUACCCUCAGGAGCUUACUGUUGUGUAUAUUUAAUCAGAUCUGAUGAUAGGGUACAACCUGAUCCUGUUAAUCACAUCCCUGGAUGCUUCCAAUACAUACACACACUCACAGACACACACACACACACGCCCACACACACUCACACACACACACACACACACACACACACACACAGUUAGUGAUUCUAUUAUGGUCAGAGGAGGUUCCUCAGAGGAAGGCUUCCCUGUUUCCUCAUCAUUAAUUGGUCCACAGAGGCAUCAGAGAAUCAACAAGUAGGCCUAAUGCACUGUUUGCGUCCCCCCCAUGGGCCCUGGUCAACAGUACUGCACUAGAACAGGAAUAAGGUGACAUUUGGGACGCAACCUGUAUGUGUGUUCAAUUCACACGGUCACACUAUUCUUUGGAAAUGUGCAUGUUUAUUCAUGGUUUAUUGUUUCAGCCAGUAAUGUUUAUUCCUUUUGAAAGUUGUAACAACAGGAGAAUGAGUUAGAAUUAAUAUAUGUCUAAACCAAACUGAAUUAAUCUAAACCUAAACCUAACAGAAUUAAUCUAAGCCUAAACCUAACUGAAUUAAUCUAAGCCUAAACCUAACUGAAUUAAUCUAAGCCUAAACCUAACUGACAUUAUGUUCUCCUCUUAUUAGAAGCAAGACUCCACAGAUGGAUCCCACCCCCUAGUUCACCAGGCGUCCAAUGAGAGCAGAGCGUCCAUCACAGAGUCUCUGUCGGAGUUCUUCGAUGCUCAGGAGGUUCUACUGUCCGCCAGCUCCUCGGAAAACGAGGUCAGUGCCUGACUGGGAUGAGGAGGGAGGAGGAGGAGAGAGGAGGGAGGAGGAGGGAGGAGGGAGGAGAGAGGGGGAUGGAGGAGGAGGGAGGGGGAGGAGGGAGGGAGGAGGAGAGAGGGGGAUGGAGGAGGAGGGAGGGGGAGGAUGGAGGAGGAGGGAGGGGGAGGAGGGAGGAGGAGGAGAGAGGGGGAUGGAGGAGGAGGAGAGAGGGGGAUGGAGGAGGGGGGAGGGAGGAGAGAGGAGGGAGGAGGAGGAGAGAGGGGGAUGGAGGAGGAGGGGAGGAGGAGAGAGGGGGAUGAGGAGGAGGGAGGGGGAGGAGGGAGGAGGGGGAGAGAGGGGGAUGAGGAGGAUGGAAGGGGAGGAGGGAGGAGGAAGAGAGAGGGGGAUGAGGAGGAGGGAGGGGGAGGAGGGAGGAGGGGGAGAGAGGAGGAGGGAAGGGGAGGAGGUAGGAGGAGGUGGGAGGGGGAUGAGGAGGAGGGAGGGGGAGGAGGGAGGAGGUGGAGAGAGGGGGAUGAGGAGGCAGGAGUAACAGACAGAGAGCUGGAGGAACAUUUUGUCUGGAACACACGUCAGACUUCUGGCUUCAGACUUAAUGAGGCACCUCCAGUCAGAGCUCUGAGCUACAGAACAUGUUCAGUAUGUUUUCUGUCCCUGUGUGAAAGUUAAUUACCCCCAUCUAAAAAUAAAAUACCCUUACUGAGGAGAGGAGAGGAGCUGAGGUUUACAUUUGUCAGUGUCUCCUCAGGGACCGACCGCCCCCCCUCUUCCCCCUCCCUCCCCCUCCGUUCUCAAACGCACUGGCUGCGUCCCAAAUGGCAUCCUAUUUCCUAUUUAGUGCACCAUUUUGACCAGGACCCAUGGGGAAUAGGGUGCCAUUUGGAACAGUCCCAUAUGUUGUGACAGGACGUUAAAAGGGACCUGACAGUUUCCUGGUUCCCGACUCUCUCAGGUGGGCGCUGUUAAAAAGGUAUAUUUGAUUUAUUCUUUAUAUUCCAGGCCUCUGAUGAUGACUCAUACAUCAGUGACAACGUGAGCGACAACAUCUCCAUGGACAACUUCAGCAACGAGACGGAGAGACCUAACUCGGGUAAGGGAACACUUUACCAUUUGUGUUCCAAGUGGCACCCUAUUCAAUGUAUAAUGUACUACUGUUGACCAGGGCUCAUAGAGCUCUGUUCAAAACUAGUGCAAUAGGGUGCAAUUUGGGACGUGUUUUCCUGAUUACGUAGUGACAUACAGUAGUUAUGACCACUAAUAUCCUCUUCCUAACCCUCCAGGCUGUGAAGAGAACGGGACCCUUCUGAGAAGACGCAGGUCGUGUCUCCCGUCAGCCAGCCCUAACACCAGUAACAUCAGUCUAUGGAACAUCCUUAAGAACAACAUAGGGAAAGACCUCUCCAAGGUACCAUGGACUUUUAGCUUUAUUUCUGUCUACUUUGUUGGUUUAUUUAUUUUCUGUUGUGUUUGUGAUUUGUUUCUGCCUACGUAGAGCGUUGAGAUUCCUCUGUAAUGAAAAGCGCUAUACAUUACAAAAUGUCUUAUUAUUAUAAUUACAUAAUUACAUUUGGUUUUCAUGACAUUAUUACAUAAUUACUACAUUUGUAUUAUAAUGAAGGUGACCAAAUCUAGCUUUGAGAUUGCUGUGUAAAUGUGUUGUUAUUAUUAUUCAGGUGGCUAUGCCUGUUCAGCUGAACGAGCCCCUCAACACCCUGCAGAGACUGUGUGAGGAGCUGGAGUACAGCGAGCUGCUGGACAAAGCUGCUAACACACAGGACCCCUUUGAACGCAUGGUGAGAGGGGAUGUGUACACACACACACACACACACACACACACACACACUGGACUCCUUUGAACGCAUGGUGAGAGGGGAUGUGUAUACACACACACACACACACACACACACACACACACAGGACCCCUUUGAACGCAUGGUGAGAGGGGAUGUGUACACACACACACACACACACACACACACACACACACACACACACACACACACACACACACACACACUGGACUCCUUUGAGGGAAUGGAGAGAGAAUAUGCUCUGAACACACACACACACACACUGACACAGGACUGCUAUGAAGCCCCUAAAUAAGAUCUGGUGCAACCAAUUACCUUCAGAAGUCACAUAAUUAGUUAAAUAAAUCUAAGUGUCACAUGAUCUGUCACAUGAUCUCAGUAUAUACACCUGUUCUGAAAGGCCCCAGUGUCUGAAACACCACUAAGCAAGGGGCACCACCAAGCAAGCGGCACCAUAGCUCUCCAAACAGGUCAGGGACAAAGUUGUGGAUACAGAUCAGGGUUGGGUUAUAAAAAAAUAUCAGAAACUUUGAACAUCCCACGGAGCACCACUAAAUCCAUUAUUAAAAAAUGGAAAGAAUAUGGCACCACAAUAAACCUGCCAAGAGAGGAUCGCCCACCAAAACUCAUGGACCAAGCAAGGAGGGCAUUAAUCAGAGGCAACAAAGAGACCAAAGUUAACCCUGAAGGAGCUGCAAAGCUCCACAGCGGAGAUUGGAGUAUCUAUCCAUAGGACCACUUUAAGCCGUACACUCCACAGAGCUGGGCUUUAUGGAAGAGUGGCCAGAAAAAAGCCAUUGCUUAAAGAAAAAAAUAAGCAAACACGUUUUGUGUUCGCCAAAAGGUGUGUGGGAGACUCCCCAAACAUAUGGAAGAAGGUACUCUGGUCAGAUGAGACUCAAAUUGAGCUUUUUGGCCAUGAAGGAAAACGUUAUGUCUGGCGCAAACCCAACACCUCUCAUCACCCUGAGAACACCAUCCCCACAGUGAAGCAUGGUGGUGGCAGCAUCAUGCUGUGGGGAUGUUUUUCAUCGGCGGGGACUGGGAAACUGGUCAGAAUUGAAGGAAUGAUGGAUGGCGCUAAAUACAGGGAAAUUAUUGAGGGAAACCUGUUUCAGUCUUCCAGAGAUUUGAGACUAAAAUGGACUAAAAUGGAUUCAGGAUUUAAGACAUUUACAUUUACAUUUUAGUCAUUUAGCAGACACUCUUAUCCAGAACGACUUACAGUUAGUGAGUGCAUACAUUUUGUUUUCAUACUGACAUCAGUACUUUCCUGAUUUGAUGGCGCUUUGUAUUCACUGACCAGUUUUCCUGAAGCUGGAGACAUCUGCCUUUGAAGACAUCGGACCAUUCUACAGUAAUAAAUCUGUGUGGAAUAUAUUUCCUGCAGAGGGCUUGUUCCAUUUGAAAUGAUGAACUUGUGUUGUGUUGCUGGCUGAGUGUGAAUGACAGUCAUAGGAUCAGAGCUAGACCCAAAGAUCCCAGCCUCCCCGACCAAUACAAGUUGAAUGGAGUUUGUCAGUUUGUCAGUUUGUCAGAGAGGUGGGCGUCAUAGCGAUGAUCCGUGAAGUGAACUAGAGAAAGGGGCAGAGGUGACAAUAAAUACAGCUGCAUCCCAAAUGGCACCCUAUACCCAUUAAGGCUCUGGUCAAAAGUAGUGCACUUGGGAAAAGGGUGCCGUUUGGGACGCACACACAGUGUGGAACAGUGUGCUCUCUUCCUCCUCUUGCUGCAUUAUCAGCAGGCAGAGCCAUACAUCAAUCAACAGCUAGGCAUUAGUUACAGACAGAGGUACAGUAGGGCUACAUCCAUCAACAGCUAGGCAUUAGUUACAGACAGAGGUACAGUAGGGCUACAUCAAUCAACAGCUAGGCAUUAGUUACAGACAGAGGUACAGUAGGGCUACAUCCAUCAACAGCUAGGCAUUAGUUACAGACAGAGGUACAGUAGGGCACAUCCAUCAACAGCUAGGCAUUAGUUACAGACAGAGGUACAGUAGGGCUACAUCCAUCAACAGCUAGGCAUUAGUUACAGACAGAGGUACAGUAGGGCUACAUCCAUCAACAGCUAGGCAUUAGUUACAGACAGAGGUACAGUAGGGCUACAUCCAUCAACAGCUAGGCAUAGUUACAGACAGAGGUACAGUAGGGCUACAUCAUCAACAGCUAGGCAUUAGUUACAGACAGAGGUACAUAGGGCUACAUCCAUCACAGCUAGGCAUUAGGGUUACUUCCAUCAAUAGCUAGGCAUUAGUUACAGACAGAGGUACAGUAGGGCUACAUCCAUCAACAGCUAGGCAUUAGUUACAGACAGAGGUACAGUAGGGUUACUUCCAUCAAUAGCUAGGCAUUAGUUACAGACAGAGGUACAGUAGGGCUACAUCCAUCAACAGCUAGGCAUUAGUUACAGACAGAGGUACAGUAGGGCUACAUCCAUCAACAGCUAGGCAUUAGUUACAGACAGAGGUACAGUAGGACUACCAAUCAACAGCUAGGCAUUAGUUACAGACAGAGGUACAGUAGGACUACCAAUCAACAGCUAGGCAUUAGUUACAGACAGAGGUACAGUAGGGUUACAUCAAUCAACAGCUAGGCAUUAGUUACAGACAGAGGUACAGUAGGGCUACUUCCAUCAAUAGCUAGGCAUUAGUUACAGACAGAGGUACAGUAGGGCUACAUCCAUCAACAGCUAGGCAUUAGUUACAGACAGAGGUACAGUAGGGUUACUUCCAUCAACAGCUAGGCAUUAGUUACAGACAGAGGUUCUGUAGUGCUCUCUAGAGUACAGAAACCAAACUCUACCUUAUUUAUUAGUUAUUAUUAACCUGUGUGAUGACAAAUUAUUAUGAUUGACAAAUUAUUGAAAAAAUUAAUGACAACAAAUUAUAUUAGUUAUUAAGCUGUUCAACCACUUUCUCCAUCACUUGUGUUAGUUUGCUUGCAACCCGCUCAGCACUUUUGCCAUGGGUGAAAUCUGUCGUGGACAGACUACUUAACACAGCGUUUCCCAAACUCUGUCGUCUUUGGGACCCAAAGGGGUGCACAUUUUGUUUUUUGCCCAAACACAACACAGUUGAUUUAAAUAAUCAACUCACCAUCAUGCUUUGAUUAUUUGAAUCAGCUGUAUAGUGCUAGGGUAAUGACUAAAUGUGCACCCCUUGGUGUCCCCAGGACUGAGUUUGGGAAACACUGACUUAACACAACUGACACAAUUACGCAUGAAUUUAGUUCUCGGUUUUCGAGUUUAACUUGGGUGUAAAGGACUGUAUCAUCAGCAUACAUUUGGAUGUCCACUCCCUGGCACAUAGAAGGAAGGUUGUUGAUGUAGAAGCUGAAUGAUAAGGACCUAGGAUGUAGCCCUGGGGAACUCCAGUGGUGCACUUCCUUGGUACAGCUUCUGUCGCAGUAGACUCAUAUGCUCAGGAAAGAAAGCUUUAAUCUGUGUUGAAGAGGAGCGGCAGCAGGCAGUAAGCAGACAGCUGAAGACAGCUCUAAUCUGUGUUAAGAGGAGAGGCAGUAGGUAGCUGAAGACAGCUCUAAUCUGUGUUGAAAGGAGAGAUAGCAGGUAGCUGAAGACAGCUCUAAUCUGUGUUGAAGAGGAGAAAUAGCAGGUAGCUGAAGGAAGCUCUAACCUGUGUUGAAGAGGAGAGAUAGCAGGUAGCUGAAAGAAGCUCUAAUCUGUGUUAAAGAGGAGAGACAGCAGGUAGCUGAAGACAGCUCUAAUCUGUGUUAAAGAGGAGAGGCAGCAGGAAGCUGAAGACAACUCUAAUCUGUGUUGAAGAGGAGAGACAGCAGGUAUUUGAAGACAGCUGUAAUCUGUGUUGAAGAGGAGAGAUAGCAGGUAGCUGAAGGAAGCUCUAAUCUGUGUUAAAGAGGAGAGACAGCAGGUAGCUGAAGACAGUUCUAAUCUGUGUUAAAGAGGAGAGGCAGCAGGAAGCUGAAGACAACUAUAAUCUGUGUUGAAGAGGAGAGACAGCAGGUAUUUGAAGACAGCUCUAAUCUGUGUUGA